AUGGCUCAAUAUGCUCCAGAAAUACCUCCCAGAGAUCCUAAUGCUGCUGAUGAUGAGCAGUGCAUGAUGGAGACAGGGCACGCUUCCAUAUCUGUGAGCCAGAGGGAGCAGAGUCCAGAAUUUGAGCCCCAGCCCAGUUCUGUAGAGUGUCCUAAACACCAUGUGGUGUGUAGGGAUAUGUCUGCCUUUGACAAGUGCAGUCACUGCCUGGGACCUUUCAGCUCUCUGAGAUGGAUGGGGUUCAAAUGCAAAGUUUGUCCCGGACUCUGGCAUAUAUCUUGCUACAAACGGAUGACAGGUCAGGAUGAAACAUCAGACCUCGAUGAGUGUAAGAGCUCUGGAAGCGAGUAUGUACCGGACUCCGAUUCAGGGGAUUCUGAUUCUGACUCAAGGUCACCCUCAUCAUCAUUGCCUCAUCAGUCAAAAAUGCAUUUGAGUCGAAGACUACAGCUACUGAGUGGCAACACAUCCACUGUGUUGGACACAAGUAUUCCAGAUGAAGCUGGUACAUCAAAAUAUUGUCCGGCUCCGGCUGAUGACAUAGACGAUGCUGCCAUUGACCCGGACUCGACCGCUGGACAUAUGGAUGUCAGUGCUGAUGAAACAUCUGAUUUAGCAGUUCCUGAACAAAACUCGUCAAAUAGGAAAGUUAAGAAGAAAUGCAGUUUGACUCCCACACAUCCCAGCUUGACCAAUAGAAACUUCUGUUUCGUUUGUGGUAAGCCACAAAGUAGACUGACUCGACACCUGAAAACCCACAUGUCACACCCAGAAGUAUCAUAUGCAUUUUAUCUGCCAGAGCACUCGAAGGAACGCAAAGUGUUAUUUGAAAAAAUGAGAAAUAAGGGAAAUUUUAAACACAACUCAGCCAUUCUUCAAGGUGAAAUGGGUCAAUUGAAAGUGAAGAGAAAGCCAAAAGCUGCUGCUGUGACUGGGAAUUUUGUGCACUGUAUGCACUGUAUGGGUUUAUAUAUCCGCAAAGAACUAUGGCGACAUGUGCGGCGAUGUCCCUGUAGGCCACACAACAAGGAUUCGGAGGAACCGACUGGGAGAACCAGAGUGCUGAUUAUGGCUACGGCCCAGGAGACGGUGUUCAGCCAACACUUUUCAAGUGGAAUGUGGAAGAUUCUGAGCUCCAUGAAGAUGGAUGAAACUGGUCUGGCUGUGAGAAAUGACCUCUCCAUUGUGCACUUUGCCCAGUCACUUUAUAACAGACACGGACAAGACCCCACAAAACACGAGUAUGUGCGACAGAAGCUUCGUGAAGUGGGAAGGCUGCUGGUCUGUCUGCGCAGUGACUUCUCAAUACACAGCAUGGAGGAAGCCAUCAAGCCAAGUAACUUUGAGAUGGUUGUUAAGGCAGUUCAGAAAGUUGCUGGCUUUGAUGAAGAAAAGCUGUCCUAUCGUACACCAAGCCUAGCUUUGAAACUGGGGCACACACUAAACAAGAUCUGCGACAUUGUUCACUGUCGAGCUCUGAUGGCUGAGGAUGACAGACUUGUUAAGUCAGCUGAAACAUUCAGUAGACUGUACACCUCCAAGUGGUGCGAGCUGGUUUCCCACAGUGCUCUGAACACGCUGAGUAGUGUGAAGUAUAAUAAACCAGCAACACUGCCCUUCACAGAGGACGUUCGGACACUACACCUGUACCUGCAGAAGUCUGCAGAUGCUGCUGUUAGCAGCUUGAUGGAGGAAGCCACACCCAAGACGUAUGCUGAGCUAAGUAAAGUUAUUUUAGCGCAAAUCAUUCUAUUUAAUUGGAGAUGUGCUGGAGAAGUGUCAAAAAUGCGUCUCAAAAGUUUUGAGGAACGAGACAGAACAAAGCUGCACCAAGAUGUCGCCAUGGCCCUGUCCAAACUGGAGCAGCAGCUGUGCAGCUACUUCACCAGAGUGGAAAUUGUUGGGAAGAGAGAGAGGAAGGUGGUUGUUCUUCUUACACCGCGUAUGGUGGAUGCCCUGACACGACUGACAAGUAAAAGAAAGGAAUGUGGUGUCUAUAACAACAAUGUUUUCCUGUUUGGAAGACCUCAAGCUCUGAGCCACUACAGAGGACAGGACUGCCUACGGAUAUAUGCAAGCCAGUGUGGAGCAAAGCACCCCGAGCUCCUCAGGUCCACCCAGCUGAGGAAGCAUGUUGCCAGUCCCAACCAUGCAGUUGGCCAAGAUUUCUAA